AUGUUAUCUCCCACGCCUAUCGUGCUGAAUGCUCAAACCGUUAGCGGUAUCACCGGUUCCAUUUCUAUUGCAUGCUGGAUCAUUGUUUUCGUUCCCCAAAUUUAUGAAAAUUUUUAUAGAAAAUCUGCCGAUGGCUUAUCAUUAUUAUUUGUUAUAUUAUGGCUAGCAGGCGAUGUUUUUAAUGUUGUCGGUGCAGUAUUGCAACAUUUAUUACCAACUAUGAUCAUAUUAGCUGCCUAUUAUACCGUAGCAGAUAUCAUUUUGUUAAUACAAUGUUUAUUUUACGGCAAUCCAAAUGAAAAAGCUAUCGAUCCAGUUCAUUUGUCUCCAGCUAACCCAAUCAACGAGGCUGUUUUAAACGAUAUUUUCUGUGAAAAUGAACCGCUAUUAGCUGCUUCUGGUUCUCAUCAUCGUGACGAAGAAACACAAGAAGAUGAGGAAAGCUCCAUUGAAAAUUACGAUAUUAAAAGCAAAAAAUUGCACGAUUUAAGAAAACAUGUAUACAACACUUGUAUAGUACUAUGUGUCAUUUUAUGUGGGUUCUUAAUGUGGUACAUCUCUUACUGUAAUAAUCCCGAUAAUGGAGAUGGCGAUGACACACAACCUCCAAUGGAAGACUUGCCACUUAAUGUUUUGGCACAAACCUUCGGUUACAUUAGCGCGGCUCUAUACUUGGGUUCAAGAGUUCCACAGAUCCUAUUAAAUUUUAAGAGAAAAUCUGUUGAAGGGAUUUCCUUUUUAUUUUUUUUGUUUGCGUGUUUGGGGAAUACUACAUUCAUCAUCAGUGUAUUGAGUAUUUCGUUACAUCCUAGAUAUCUAUUAGUUAAUGCUUCCUGGUUAAUUGGUAGUAUAGGUACGCUAAUUAUGGAUUUUAUAAUUUUCAUUCAAUUUUUCACUUAUGGUACCAAAACUGCCGAUCCCUUAUUAGCUAAUGAGGAUAUAUCACAAUGA